GCGGCGGCGGCGAAUUUGUCAAUUUCACAGCAACCUGGACACGAGAGGGGGGGAAGCGCGGACGAGAAGGGGGGAAAUAGGGUGGACGGAGGAGUGUUGUACAUCCCCACAGUCCCUCCCGGUGUCACUGUCCUCGCCAGCCUCGGGCAUAUCCCCUGUUUCUGCUCAAUAUAACAUCAAGGAGAGUGGGACAACAAUUGGAUGCUAAUGAAAUGCGGACACGGAAAUGGAUGUUUGGAGGCACGAGAAAAGACAAAAUCAGGAGCCAGCACAUCAAGAGUGAGGCCUCGGUUAACUCUGUGCUGGCAUGCCUGAAGGUUCGUUGUGUUCUGCUAAAGAAGCACCUGCUGUGGAAGAAUCUCCCAGGACUUCUUCUGCUUCUUCCCUGAGCAGCCAUGACAGGAUGUCCACGGUCACCGCCUCCACCAGCUCUACGUCAGUCAACACGGACUGCUCGGACAACGAACGCCCGGUGAGUGCCGGCUCCUCUGGCUCCUUGCAGGAUUUCCGCGGUCCCUUUGGGACCCCGCCCCCUGGCAACCAGCCCCUGGAGGCCAGGACCCAAAUGGAGGAGUGCGUCCGAGUGGAGCAGGCUCCACCUCUGCACGCGUUGAAGGCCGACCGUGCCUGCAACAACAACAACAACACGCCGGACCGGAUGAGCAUGGAUGUCAACUUCCUCCAAGUCCCUUUGUCUCCCAUAGCAACCCGGGCCAUGGCUCCCAACCCCAAGCUGUCGUACGUGGACAGGGUCGUCAUGGAAAUAAUUGAGACCGAGCGGAUGUAUGUGCAGGAUCUGCGGAGCAUCAUUGAGGACUACCUUGGUUGUAUCAUUGAUGCUUUGGAUCUGCCUAUCCGACCUGAGCAUGUCUCUGCUCUCUUUGGAAACAUUGAGGACAUCUAUGAGUUUAACAGUGACCUGCUGCAAGACCUUGAUCGCUGUCACCAUGACCCUGUUGCUAUAGCUAGAUGCUUUGUGGACAAGAGUCAGGAUUUUGAUAUCUACACUCAGUACUGCACCAACUACCCCAACUCUGUGGCGGCACUGACCGAAUGCAUGAGGAACAAGAUCCUUGCCAAAUUCUUCAGGGAGCGCCAGUCAACUCUGAAGCGCUACCUCCCACUGGGUUCCUACCUGCUGAAACCCGUUCAGAGGAUCCUCAAGUACCAUCUCCUGCUGCAGGAAAUAGCAAAGCACUUUGAUGCCAGCCAGGAGGGUUAUGAGGUGAUUGAGGAAGCCAUAGACACCAUGACGGGUGUGGCCUGGUACAUAAAUGACAUGAAGAGGAAACAUGAGCAUGCUAUACGGCUACAGGAGGUACAGAGCUUGCUGAUAAACUGGAAUGGUCCAGAUCUAACAACGUAUGGAGAAUUGGUCCUGGAAGGAACAUUCCGGAUUCACCGGGCCAAAAAUGAACGCACUUUAUUCCUGUUUGACAAGGUUCUAUUGCUGGCCAAGAAAAGAGGAGAGCACUUCAUCUACAAGACCCACAUCUUGUGUUCUGCACUGAUGCUCAUCGAAAGCACAAGGGACUCAUUGUGCUUUGGACUGUCUGAUUACAAGAACCCAAAACAGCAGCACACUGUCCAGGCAAAGACAGUGGAAGAAAAGCGUCUCUGGACACAUCACAUAAAGAGGCUGAUUCUAGAUAAUCAUCAUGCCAUCAUUCCGCAGAAGGCCAAGGAAGCCAUUUUGGAAAUGGAUUCCUACUAUCCUUCCAAGUACCGGUACAGCCCGGAACGAUCAAAAAAAUCUAUGUCAACUCAACCAAUGGAGGAAUUCUUGAGCUGUCGCAGAGGUCGCAGGCAGUCUGAGCCGACGAAACAAAUCCUGAAAUCUCUGGUGCAGAGCGUUUCUCUGAAGCAUGCAGGCAGUGAUGGAGAGCUUCUGGGCAAUAAGGACUCCUUGAAUUCAAUGACUGGUGUCAGUACUCGGGGGCCCAGUACGAGCGAAGCUGAGGGUGAGAGGCAUGACAGUGAGGACAUCCUGGCCCAGAGCAAAGACUCCUUGGAGCUCCUGAAUGCAAGCGAUUCGGAGGAAACGGCGAGAGGUACAGAGUUUGUCCAAGAAGGCCUGGAGCCAGAAGAGGAAUUAAUGAUAGAGGGCGACCAGGUAGCCGACUUUGCCAGUUCACUGCUGGCUGCCAUCUCCUGUUGGCACUAUAGAGCCAGGGCUUUGCUUUCUGCUAAGUUCUCCAUGACUGAAGAUCCUGUCGAGCUACAGGAAGUCAAAGGGUGCAAGCGGCAAAACAGCCAGCCCUCUGGAAAUGCAGAGAAGCGCAGGGGCUGGGACAUCGACACCAGUGCCUCCGAAGAGCUUGCUCCUGAUGUGGAACCGAUAUCAGUUCAACAGCUGGUCACUGAAGCCUGCCAGUCUGCCCUUGAGGAGAUCCAGUCCGACUCCGAGACUGCACACAGCCCAGAGGAAGCCAAAGAGCCUGAUGAAGCCUCGGAGGACAUUGAUGUUGAAGGGAGUGAUCCCGGGCAGGGGGCCGUGGAGUCUGCCACAGACUCGUUCAACGAAGCGGAUGAGGAACCGAAACACUUCAGCAGCGAAGAGUCAACAGAUGAAGAAGAGCAAGAUCGAGAUUCACCGAGCAUUCUUCCGCCAUCAGUGCUGGGGCAGGCUAGCCUCAUUGCAGGUCACUUCAUGAAUAGCAGAUCAAGGCGCAAUAGUUUGGCAGCAGAUGACAGCAGGUCGUACGGCUGUCCAACACCAAAGGCAACGAGCAGACAAAGUAGCCUCGAGAAUGGCGACAAAGUGCUGCGGAAUAGUGGCACGUUUGACACGAACGCUAACUGCAAAGUGAGUGUUUCUCAAGUCAAUAAUAGCCCAGAGAAGCACUUUGAGGAGCCUGACUUCAGUGGCUUGGAGGACGGGUCAUCAGAGAUGGAUCGGAAUAUUCCGAGGAGACGAGACUCCACGCUGUCCAGGCGGGAUCGCCUGCUCAUUGAGAAGAUUAAGAGUUACUACGAUAAUGCAGAGCAUGAAGACGCCAACUUCAGCAUCAGAAGGCGAGAAAGCUUGUCUUACAUCCCAGCAGGCUUGGUCAGGAACUCUAUCUCCAAAUUAAAUAGUCAAAAGAAGGAAGAGGAUUUGAGAGAGGCCACAUUGAGGAGACGGUUUGCUGCUUCCAGUGCCACUGUUGCCCAUGGUAAUGGGCCACCAACUUGCACUUUACUUGAUCUUCCAGAUGCCAUCACCCAAACAAGUUCUCGCUCAUCUUCAGGAUCAGGUCAGAUUUCAGAGCCCCAACAGCCAGUGUCUAAUAAUCAUGUGGAGGAAAGCCUGCCUUUGGACUUUUCAAGGGACACCAGCAUCAUUUCCCAGGACCCUAUUGCGGAGGAUGAAUUCCGACCUUCUGUGGACAUGAUUAAAAUCUGGCAGGAGAUGGAAAGCAUGUCCGACACUGCAGCAGAGCCUCCAAAAAGGGCAGAGCAGAAACAUGAGACAGCCCUAAGGCCUAACUCAGAGAUGCUGAAGAAAAGGGAAGUUGAGAACACGGAACAAUGCCAAAUAAAAGAACUCAGCAAUGGCAGAAUCAUUUUUGGGCUGGAUUUCAACGAGCCAUUGGUUAUUGUGGAAGACAGUGAUCUAAGUGCCAUAAUGGAAGAGUCACCCCUUUCCUCUCCAGCAAGGUUCGCUCAUGAAAGUGGACUGCAAGUAAGGCCAAAUAAUAUAUCAGAAAGCGGCGACAGUGAGCAUGCUGAAGGAUUGUUGCCUGCUCACAAAUCUGCUCCAUUGUAUCAAAGACCUUUGUGCGUCCAACUGCCCAAGUGCUCAGAAGCAGAGAAUAAAACUGCACCACCAGGCACCAGUUCCAACCUACCUCGGAAGAGGCAUGGCCAUCUAGCUCAAAGCACAAGACCACACAUAGCCCAGGCAGGAUCGAGGGCUCAGAGUGAAGAGUUGCUGAGAGAGGUGACAGAGAAGGUGAAGACCAAGGUCUACCAACUGGCAAGGAUAUACAGUCAGCGAAUUAAGAACAGCAGACCAGUAGUUCAAAAGAGAGGGCAGCACUUAGAGGAGGGGUUGAUGAACGAUGAAGAAGAAAGGGGAAAGGAAAUGGCCAAGUUGCCAAAUUUUCAAGAAGACAAGAAGGAAAUAGUUGUUGAUGCUGAUAAGCCAAAGAUGACACUGUCUUUGCCUUCCUAUGAGCAUGUCAUUAUUCAAGAACAGGUGUUUUUGGCGCCAUUGAUGGAGGAACCCAGCACUCCAUCUCCAAGUAAGGAUUUGCAAGCAGUCCUUCCACCUUCCCCUAGGAUCUCUUCCCCUAGACGUUCUGUCAUCAGUCCAAAUUUAGCAUCUCCAGUGAGGUCCCAUUCCAGGAGCCCCCUGAGUCCUACUGAAAUGGAAACUUUCCUAUGGCCUGAUGUUCGGGAGCUCCGCUCCAAGUAUGCCUCGGGGGAUGGUCAGUUUGCGAAAAAUUUGACACAGAGGGCAGCCGGAGAAAACCUCUUGAGGCUGACAGAAGGCACCCACUCAAAACUGGGCCGAGUUGCCAAGAGCAUGUCCAUGCCAAAUGGAAUGAUGGAAGGUAGAAUGUCCCAUUUCAGUUCUCCGGAACAAGAGGACAGAUCUAAACCAUCCAGUGCAAAGGUUCAGGUGUCUAAUGAAGCUUCCGGAGCUGGGGCAAGGAAACAGUUGCAUUCUGACUCUUCCAUCCACUACCUUCGGCAGGCAGCCCCCGAGAGUUCCUUCAGAAACCAUGUGUCGUGCUCGAGGACUGCUUCAUCAGACUGUAGAUGCGCUGAACUAAGUUCCUGUUCAGAUUGCAAGCACUGCCACUUUACUAAAGAUGCUGAAAGCACCCAGUGCAUUUCUUCAGAGCUCACCCUGCAAGACCAUCAGAAAGUCAUCAUCGUGGAGAACUUGCCAUGGGACAGGGAUGGUUUGAGCAGUCAUAGGAACGAUCAGACCGCCAAAGACAGCAGCAGUGGUGGUGAGGGCUACAUCCAAAUCAGGUCUCCGACAUCGCACGAGAAGAUCUCCAUUAGGGCUGUCGUAGAAAGGUGCAGGGCCUAUCAAGAGUCAGAGGAGUAUAAGAUGAGGCAAGAGAGUGAGGGUAAGAGCUGGAGGCCAGGGACUGCCAACCCAAUGGCCAAGCUCCACAGUUCCAAGGGAGCUGAGAAGGAGGUCUCCUCAACCAAAUGGCAGUCAGAACCAAGGAAGGAAAUGAGCCAGCUCAGCAGGAGGACAGACCUGGGCCAACAAGGCCUGGUGAAGAACCUGAGAGACAAGUUUCAAAGCUUGAGUUCGGCCAGGUAAAGCUUAAGCUGUCUUUGUUCUCAGAUGCCUGAUAUAUCAAACCACUGUACCUGGUCAAAUGGGUGUAAAAUAUUGUUCAAGAUGUGGUAUUCUUUUGGACAAAAGGCCUAGAAUAUUAACCAGACCUUUACUGAAAUGUCUAGAAACUGAAAGUAGUAAAUGGUGUUGUGAAGCUUAGCCUGUUUAUUUAUCAAUCCUCAAUAAAUUUAUAAUUGAACAGAUCUUUGUUUUGUGCACACUCAUGUUAAUUUAAAUGCUCUCUUUAAAUUGCCUGGUCAUUGUCCCAGCAAUUCCAGUCCACACUAUAGGUGGCCAUCUAUUCAAAUUCGCCAGGCCUCCAUUGAUGUGUGACCCUCCGACUUCAUCCUUAUCAGCUUCCUUCCUUCCAGAAAGGGCUUUGCCAUGUCUCCCAAUCUCUUUGUUUGCAUGAAUUAUUGUUUCAUGAGGUCCAUGACCUCAUCCUUCCCUACCGCUGUAACCUCUUCCAACCUAUAAGCCUCUGAGAUCUCUACAUUUCUCAACUUCUGGCCUCUUGAGCAUCUCCAAUUUUAGUAGUCCCACCAUUGGCGGCCAUGCCUUCAGCUGCCGAGGCUCUAAUCUCUGCAGUUCCCUCCCUGAGCUUGUCUGUCUCUCUCUCUCUCUUCCUCUUCCUUUAAGACACCCCUUAAAACCUACCUCUUUGACCAAGCUUUUGGUCACCUGAUCUAAUAUUUGUUUAUGUAGCUCAUGCUAUGAUAAACCUUGGGAAGUUUUACAUGUUAAAGGUGCUACAUAAAUGCAAGUUGUUUUGUAGUUUUCGGUGCCUCGGGAACUGCUUGAGUAGCUCCAUGGGUUAACACCCUGUGCGAAAUGUCUGGGUUCAAUGCCUCAUCCUGUGUUGGAUUAACUGAUCUCCACUGAGGCAGUACAUGUGGAUGUUACAAUUGGUUUCAAUGUGCCCCAAACCGUGGAGGGUGCAAACUAGCCUCGGGUUCCUGCCCCCAAUUACUAAUCCAAUGACCCAGAUUGGACGGUGAAGGCAGGUUAUAUACUGAACACAGGGUAAGGCCCCAUUGUGAUUGCCCCACUGUCAAAUAGUCAGCACUCACCAGGUUAAUGUGUAAAUUUGAGCCAGCUCUUUCCCAUGUUCCAGAUCUGACCUUGAGGAAGAGGAGAGAUAGCUGCGGUAGAUGGUGGUUGAUUAUUAAGAAAUGUUGAUCCAGAAAACUUAACAAAGUUGGGGGAGUAAAGGAAAAAAACUUGCAUUUGUAUCGCACCCUUGAUGACCUCAGGAUGUUCCAACCAACUAGGUUUCUUUUUAGAAUUGCAGUCGCUUAUAAUGGGAAACAGAGCAACCAAUUUAUGCACAGGUAGAUCCCACAUUCAACAAUGUGAUAAUGAUCAGGUAAUCUUAAUGUUCGUUGAUAGAUAUUAGCCAGAACACCAGGGAGAGCUCACCUCUCUUCUUCAAAUAAUGCUAUUAGAUCUGUGGCCACAAAGGGCAGGCGGGCCUUCAGUUUAACAUUUCAACUGAAGGAUGGAACCUCUGAAAGUGUGGCACUCCCCCAGUGCGGCAUUGGGAGUGGCAGCUUAAAUCUUGCAUUCCAGUCUCUGGACUUGAACUGAUGACUUAGGAAGCAAGAGUGCUGUGCACUGAGCCACGGCUGACACUUUCAAAGAUUCAGAAGCACCAAGGUUUUUCAAUCAGGAUGAAAAUCUGCUACGAUCAUGACCAGAUCGUCACAUGUUGAGUGUCUCAGUUGAAUGUCAGAGGUUGGUUAGCACCAUAAUGUCACCAUGUGUAGCCUGUGUGGGACUACCAGCUUCAUUCUCACUGCCAAUACUCUGCAUCCCUCCAUCUGCCACGCAUUGUCCUGUAGAAUAUGUGCUCUAGAUUCAUAUAUUUGAUUGUCACUCAACUGUCCUGUGCAGUGACCUCUCAAAAAGACUGUUGUGUUGAAGCCUGAGUGUUCACUGGAUGUCUUGCCAUAACCACUUAACUUGUGACAAAACUGAAAACAUUUGCACACUGCCUGUGAUGUCUGCAUAAUGGUCACAAUAUCUAUUAAAAUAUUCUGUGUUUUUAUAGAUAUCUUUAUCAAUAUGUAUUUAAAUUUUAAUGACCACUUUGAACUGUUACUUGUACAUAAGUAAAAAAACUAUGACUGCAAA